GCGCGCAUGCUCACUUCCACUAGCUCAAAGUUAUCAUAAACAAGCAUGUUGAUGAGGCUUUAAUACAAACUCAUACUGUUAGCAUAAGUUUGUAGUCAGUAUGGAAAUGUUUACUGUUUUCUUGUUUUAUAUGUUUAGCCUCGUCUUGGCCAAUCAAGAGGAGCGAUUACCGAAUAAAUGCGAGGUUUGCAAAUUACUGACGGUGGAGUUGCAGGACGCCUUAGAUAAAACUGGCCGCUCGAAGGAAGUUGUGGAGCUUGGAGAAGUUUUGGACACUGGCAAGCGCAGGCGCAAAAUCAAAUACAACACUUCAGAGAUGCGACUCACUGAGGCCAUGGAUAACAUCUGUGAAAGAAUUUUACAGUAUAAGGUGCAUGCUGAGAGACCAGGAAGCCUUCGAUAUGCCAAGGGCACAAGUCAAACUAUGAACACACUAAAGAACCUGGUGGAAAAAGGUGUAAAGGUGGAACUGGGUGUCCCCUAUGAACUGUGGGAUGAACCAACAGUGGAAGUGGCAGAACUGAAGAGACAGUGUGAGACCAUGUUGGAAGAGCAUGAAGAGGUUGUGGAGGACUGGUAUUUUCAUCAUCAAGACAAAGGACUGGAAAGAUUCUUCUGUGAAGCCCAUGUCCUGAAAGACUCAGACCAAGAGUGUCUUACUGAGAUAUGGAAAGGUGACAUGGGAAUGAAGGGAUCUGAAGAGGAGAGUGAAGGGAAGGAUGGAAAAGAGACCCAUGAUGCAGGAGAGUUGUGAAAGCACAUCCGUAAUGGCUGAAGAAUGCACACAACCAGUAUGUUAUCUUUGCACAAAGCUAAUUGGAACCAAGAAGCACAUCCAUAUGAGUGUAAUUGUUUUGCAUUACAGAACACUUUCCAAAAUCUGUUACAUUUACAAGAGAAUGGGAUGUGAAGAGUCCUUCGUAUUUUACCUCUUUUUUUUAUCGAUGCUGACAUUUUGAAUUGAUAAUUGUAUGCAGUGUUCCCAGCAAUGUGCCUUUUAUUGUAUGCUGCCUUAUGCAGAUAUGUUACAGCACAUACAGACACUACCAGUGUUUUUUACUUCUAGAUCAGAUUGGGAAUUGUAUUAGUAUUUAUCAUUACUGCACAACUGUGUCUGAAACAAACAGAUGGUUUUAGGAUUUUGUAUUUGGGGUAAUUUCAAAAUAUGUUGUGGCUGCUUGAUAUAUGUACAGUAAUCCUUUUAAAUAAUGCAUUUUUGCAUAA